AGGAGCUUGCCUCAGAACCGCCCCUCGCCGGAGAAUAGUUUUCCGGCGAACCCGACCCGACCCGAAUUCUCUCUCUCUCUCUCUGCAAAUCAUCCUUCGUUUCUCUCGUUCCGAUCUCGAAAUCUCCGGCCUCCGAUCGUCCCUGAGAUCGGCACCGGAAGGAAGGGAGGGAGAAGAGAGAGGACGGAGAAAAGCUCGAGAGAACGAAGACGGACGGGAGCGCACGAGGAAGAGAGAGAGAGGGAGGGACGGCCGGAAUCGGGAUGGGGUCGGAGCUGACCUACCGGGGGCACGGCGCGCAGCCGGUGACGGACGCGUACUCGCCGAAGCCCGACAAGCCGUGGCUCCCCGUGGCCCGCGCGAUCCGCUACCUGCUCCGGGAGCAGCGCCUCCUCUUCGUCCUCGUCGGCAUUGCCAUCGCCACCGUCCUCUUCACCGUCUUCCCCGGCGGCCCAUCGGCCCGCCCCGGGUACGGAUCCGGGCCCUACGACCCGAUCCCCGGCGCCCACGUGGCCCGCUACGGUGGCGGCUUCGACCGGUUCGAGAGCGAGCGCGCGUUGUACCAGCAGCGCGCCGGGUUCGGGUCGGUGAGCGGGAAGGUGCCCCUCGGCCUGAAGCGGAAGGGGCUGCGGAUCGUGGUGACGGGCGGAGCCGGGUUCGUCGGAUCGCACCUGGUGGACCGGCUGAUGGCCAGGGGCGACAGCGUCAUCGUCGUCGACAACUUCUUCACGGGGCGGAAGGAGAACGUGAUGCACCACUUCGGGAACCCCCGGUUCGAGCUGAUCCGCCACGACGUCGUGGAGCCGCUCCUCCUGGAGGUCGACCAGAUCUACCACCUGGCCUGCCCGGCGUCGCCGGUCCACUACAAGUUCAAUCCCGUCAAGACUAUCAAGACGAACGUGGUCGGGACGCUGAAUAUGCUCGGGUUGGCGAAGCGGGUCGGGGCGCGAUUCCUGCUGACCAGCACGAGCGAGGUGUACGGAGAUCCGCUGCAGCACCCUCAGGUCGAGACUUACUGGGGCAAUGUCAAUCCCAUCGGUGUCCGAAGCUGCUACGACGAGGGAAAGCGGACUGCCGAGACGUUGACCAUGGACUACCACCGAGGAGCCAGUGUCGAGGUGAGAAUUGCCAGGAUCUUCAACACGUACGGCCCUCGCAUGUGCAUUGAUGACGGUCGUGUCGUCAGUAACUUCGUUGCUCAGGCAUUGAGGAAGGAACCGAUGACCGUCUAUGGGGACGGGAAGCAGACAAGGAGCUUCCAAUACGUUUCUGACUUGGUUGAGGGUCUGAUGCGUCUGAUGGAAGGCGAGCAUGUGGGACCUUUCAAUCUCGGCAAUCCUGGUGAAUUCACCAUGCUUGAACUUGCUGAGGUGGUGAAGGAGACAAUCGAUCCGAAUGCAAAGAUCGAGUUCAAGCCAAACACAGAAGACGACCCACACAAGAGGAAGCCCGAUAUCACAAAGGCCAAGGAGUUGCUUGGUUGGGAGCCUAAGGUUGCGCUCCGCAAGGGUCUGCCUCUUAUGGUAUCGGACUUCAGGCAGCGCGUCUUCGGAGACCACAAGGAAGGAGUCGCAUCUGGCAGUUCGUCUUCUUAGGUCGGAGCACAUUAUACAGUGAAAUGAGAUGGUAGGGGAAGGAUUGAGAGAAAUCGCGUGGGACGACACGCUGGAACUUCCCCUGGACCUAGAAAUCUUCAGUACCGGCACAGACGGUAGAGAAGCACAAGAGUCUUUUACGUUCUCUAUGGAACUAGCUUUUUAGAUGCAUAAUCUCGAUUCAAUAUAUUUACCUCCUUUGUAAUUUUCAUGUCAUUAUCAACCGUGGACUAAUAGAGAUGAAGUUUCUAAAUUCUUUUC